UCCUCUUCUCUGUGGGCUGCAGGGGCUGAUGGGAGCUUUGGUUCCUCUGCUAGAAACCACGUGGCCCUGGUCUGAUCUCUCAGCUCGUCCUUGUUUGGCCUCAGCUGCAUCAGAGCGCCACUUCUCCCCAGGUUCACCAGAGGAAACUCCACUGCACACAAUGCUUUUCCUCCCAGCUGCUGCUCUGUGCUGGCUGGGUUCAGCGCUUGCUGCCAUGGCAACACACCUGGUUCAGGACCAUUUAACUCUGACCAGGAGAACCGGGCAGAGCGUCUCCUUCAGCUGUGGAGGAACUGAUCAGUGUGGAGGCUAUUCUGUAAUCUGGUACCAGAAGAAAGAAACAGAAACAUUCAGAGCUAUUCUCUAUAUCUUCAGUGGUGGUAGCCCAUCAAAACCUUUCAAUCAUCCUCAGCAAGAUGAUUUCUCAGCUGAGAGAAAUGACAACAUUUGUUUGUUGAAGAUUCAAAAUGUUACAGAUAUUCAUUCAGCCUCCUACUACUGCGGCUGUCCGUCUGGUUCUGCUUCCCACAGUGAGAAAGAAUUUCUCUUUGGAUCCGGAACCAAACUGUUUGUAACUGGUGAUCCGGUAGUGAAGCCCAUGGUGAGCGUGUACCCAGCAGCAUCCAGCGCCCGGCGGGGCAGGAGGGGCUUCCUGCUGUGUCUGGCCUCAGGCAUGUUUCCUCCUGAGGUCAAGUUCACCUGGAAAAGACUGGAGGACGAUGGAGAGAAAGAUCUGACCUCUGGAGAGCAGCUGGAGCUCAGAGAGCCGAACCGCACCGCCUCCAUCUUACUGGUGGAUCGGGAUCUUCUCAGCACAUCUAGAUACCGCUGCUCUGUGCAGCAUGAGGGGGGCCCAGUGGAGGCCCCUACAACACAAGAGCUUCCAGCUGCAGCAGCUUCCUGUCCUCCACAGAAACCAGACCAGGCAGAACUGCAGCAACACGCCUUGUCCUUCCAGUCUCAGUGCCGGGUGAAGCUGCUCUGCCUGCUCUACUCAGUGCUGAUAGUGAAGAGUCUGGUGUACUGCUGUGGCCUCUCUCUGCUGAUGGUCCUCAGGAACAAGGGCCCGGCCCCCAGAUGAAUCUCUGCUGCUGCUGCUGCUUCUCCUGCCAGGCUGCAUGAACUCAGGAUUUUAUUAUUAAUCUCUGAAAAUCAUUUAUUCAACUUUAGCUUCAUUUUAAUUAGUUCUGCAGCUUCUUUGCUUUAAUAAAGUCAGAUAUUCUCAGCCAAUCAGACAUCAGAACGAUCUGCUGUGAAGGAAACUAAAUCAGUUCCAGCAGAUUUAACAUCAUUGACUUAUAUAAAAGUUUAGUUUUUAAAAAAUAUGUUAUUAUUAUUCUAAACAUUUAUGCUGAAACUGACUCAUGAAGAAGAAAUAAUAAGCUUUGAGAAAACAUUUCUAUUCAUGUUUGUUUAAAAUUGUUUCUGUCAAAUUUGUGUUGUAAAGAUUUAAAAACUCUGAUUUUGUCCAAAUGUUUUAUCUACAGUAAUUGAUUAAAUAUGCAUUUUGUUUUUGCUCUGAAUAAAUCCUGCGACGCUGA